UACAUAUAGAAAUACACACUUGAAGACUCUUCACAGAUUCUCACUCUCAUCGUGUUCUGCACUGUCUGUAAGUCUCUGGGCAAACUGCAAGCUCCUUCAGCCAUGAACAAGAUCAUCGUCUAUGAACAUUGUUACUUUGAGGGCCUCAGCAGAGAGUUCACUUCUGAUGUCCCUAAUUUAAUUAAACUGAGUUUUGAUUACUGCAUCUCCUCUCUGAAAGUCAUCGGGAAUCCAUGGGUGGCGUACACAGAUGGUGACAGAAGCCCUGGACAAUCCUCAGCUCACACUGUAUGAAGAGGUGAACUAUCAGGGCCGGAGCCUCAUCCUCGACUGUGAGACCAACUUGCUUUAUGGUGAUUUUAAUGACAAAACAUCUUCUCACAAGGUGCAGAGAGGAGCCUGGGUUCUGUAUGAACAUGUACAGAGAGCUGGGUGUAUUCUGGUGGCCAGAGCUGAUUGUGAUGUUCCCAAGUACGACUGGUUUGACAACCGUGUGAGUCACGUCCGUCCUCUUAAAGCUGGAAAAGCCACCAUUAAAGCUGAAUUGGAAUGGGACAAAAAGAAAGAAACUAUAAAAACAGUCAUCAUUGACUCCAUCUCUGGUGUGAAUUAUGGAUCUGAGAAACAAACCUUCACCACUGAUCUGACUCGAGAGUAUUCAGGAUCUGUCACUGAGAGCUUCACGUUCAGCAAUUCCACCCAGAUUGGUUUUGGAGCCAAAUUUGAAUUUACAAUGUCUUCUUUUAAAGGUGAGCGCACCUUAAACGUCAGUAACACCUUUACAGUGGAGAAGGGCAGCAGCAACACCAAAACUACAUCUGAAAGUAUCAGAGUCUACUUGCUAGCCAGCAUUCCUCCUCGCACCAAACUCACAGUGAACGUGGUGAGGAAGGAGAUGACUGUUGUGAUCCCGGUCAAGGUGACCAUCACCAACGGCUUUCACGCUAAGGUUGAGUAUGGAAAGUACCGGUGUGAGCGGGGGAACUCUAUUAGCACUGAAUUCAAGGAGGAGAAGGUCUAAUACAGCCAGAACAAAAUAUUGAUGCCGUGUUGUGACAUGGACCAACAUAAAGCAGAACCUUUCUUUCAUUUAGUAUAAGUAAUUAAUAUACAGUAUGCAUCACUGUAUUAUGAUUCAGUUAAUGUUUUGGUUUAUUAGUACCCUGCAUGUACUAGUUUUAGUACCUAAUGAUGGAACAAUGUGCAGGCAUGUAAUGUGAUCUUACUGGCCUGGUUAUUAUACAUCCAAUUAUACAAUGAUUUUUAUUCUAACAUUAAAAUGAAAUAUAACAAAAAAA